AUGAAUCUCCUUUCCUGGAUCGCCAAGAAAACCGGGCUCAUCGUCGUCCACGUCACGGUUGUCAGGGAGAGCCAUGGGCGUAUACGUGUCAUCCAAAGCACUUUUCCUCACUUUGAGUAUAGCUGGAUCAAUCAUUUCGAAGAACCUGAUACUCCGGCCGAACCUGCAAGCGAGGUGGAUAAAGAAAGACUAUGA